CAGACAACAACAGUAACAGACCGAGAGAGAAAGACCGCAUUUCUUUUUGCUUUCAGUUAUGGGUGUAGUCUGAGAGGUGGAAAUAGAAAUUGCACUGCAGCUUUACCUCGACGUUUUAUCCUAAUGAAGGAGCUCCGUCCUGGCUGAGUUGGGAGAUGGGAGUACUUAACAUCACAGACCAGCCUCCUCUGGUCCAGGCCAUCUUCAGUCGUAAUACUGAAGAAGUUCAACUGUUAUUGCACAGAAAGGAAGAUGUCAAUGCACUGGACCAAGAGCAUCGCACACCACUUCAUGCUGCUGCCUGUGUGGGUGAUGUCCAUAUUAUGGACCUCCUCAUUGAAUCAGGUGCCAGUGUAAAUGCUAAAGACAACGUUUGGUUGACCCCCUUGCACAGGGCGGCUGCUUCAAGGAACGAAAGGGCAGUUGGCCUUCUGCUGAGGCGCGGAGCUGAGUCAAACACGCGAGACAAGUUCUGUCAGACGCCGCUACAUGUGGCUGCUGCCAACCGUGCCACGCGCUGCGCAGAGGCUCUGCUGACCCAGCUGAGCAACUUGAACAUGGCGGAUCGCACUGGUCGGACUGCCCUGCACCAUGCGGCUCAAAGUGGUUUCCAAGAGAUGGUGAAGCUGCUGCUGAACAAAGGAGCCAACCUGAGUGCCAUCGAUAAGAAGGAGAGACAACCUAUUCAUUGUGCGGCUUUUUUAGGGCAUUUUGAGGUUGUGAAGAUGCUUGUAUCCCGUGGUGCUGACAAGAGCUGCAAGGAUAAGCUUGGUUAUACACCUCUCCAUGCUGCUGCUGCUAGUGGUCACAUCGAAAUUGUUAAGUACCUUCUGAGGAUGGGAGCAGAGAUUGAUGAGCCCAAUGGCUUUGGGAACACUGCGCUCCAUGUGGCUUGCUACAUGGGGCAAGAAGCUGUGGCUACUGAACUGGUGAACCACGGAGCUAAUGUUAACCAGCCCAACAAGUGUGGCUUUACCCCUCUGCACCUGGCUGCCGUCUCCACCAAUGGUGCCCUGUGUUUGGAGUUGCUGGUCAACAAUGGGGCUGACGUCAACCAGCAGAGCAAAGAAGGGAAGAGCCCCCUGCACAUGGCAGCCAUUCAUGGACGCUUCACACGCUCUCAGAUCCUCAUCCAAAACGGUGGGGAAAUUGACUGUGUGGAUAAAUAUGGCAAUACCCCCCUCCACGUUGCUGCUAAAUAUGGCCAUGAACUGCUGAUCAGCACUCUGAUGACCAACGGAGCAGACACGGCCAGACGUGGGAUCCAUGGAAUGUUCCCUUUGCACUUAGCUGUGCUGUACGGGUUUUCAGACUGUUGUCGCAAGUUACUCUCCUCAGGUCAGCUGUAUAGUAUAGUUUCAUCUAUGAGUAAAGAGCAUGUGCUAUCAGCUGGGUUUGACAUUAACACCCCUGACAAAUUUGGGAGGACCUGUCUACACGCUGCUGCCUCUGGAGGAAAUGUUGAAUGUCUGAACUUGCUCUUAAGUAGUGGUACUGACUUGAACAAGAGAGACAUAAUGGGAAGGACACCAUUGCACUAUGCGGCUGCUAAUGGGAGGUACCAGUGCACUGUGGCUCUGGUGAAUGCUGGCGCCGAGGUCAAUGAGCAAGACCAGACAGGCUGUACUCCCCUGCACUACUCUGCUGCCUCCCAAGCCUUCAGCAGAACUGAUCGUCAUUUUUCUGGGAACCACCAAAAUACUGAAGAUGAGACGAAAGAGUCAUACUUUUGCUUGGAGCAUCUUUUGGACAAUGGUGCUGAUCCAUCUAUGGUCAACUCAAAAGGUUAUAGUGCUGUCCACUAUGCAGCUUACCAUGGCAACAAGCAGAACCUGGAGCUGCUCUUGGAGAUGUCCUUUAAUGCACUUGGAGACAUAGAGAGCAGCAUUCCAGUCAGUCCUCUCCAUCUCGCUGCUGAUAGGGGCCACUGGCAAGCCCUGCAUGUGCUGACAGAGACAGCAGCCUACGUGGAUAUGCAGGAUGCUGCUGGCCGCUCUGUGCUCUACCUGGCUGCGCAGAAAGGCUAUGCACGCUGUGUGGAGGUGCUUUUAGCUCAGGGGGCCUCCUGUUUGCUCAACGACAACCAUCUCAUGUGGACUCCAAUUCAUGUUGCAGCGGCCAAUGGUCACUCGGACUGCCUGCGCAUGAUGAUUGAAUACGGGGAGGAGGGGGAUCUCAUCAAUGUCACGGACAAAUUCGGCCAAACCCCUUUAAUGCUUUCUAUUCUGGGAGGUCAUAAUGAUUGUGUCCCCUUCCUGCUGGAGAAAGGUGCUCUACCAGACGCUAAGGACAAGAGAGGACACACGGCUUUGCACAGAGGGGCAGUGUUGGGACAUGAUGACUGUGUAGCAGCUCUGCUGGAGCACAAAGCUUCUCCGUUAUGUCGGGACGCCCAGGGUAGGACACCUCUGCACUAUGCUGCCUCCAGAGGCCACACUGAUAUACUGGCCAGUCUGGUGCAGGCCGCCAUGGCAACUGACCCACAGGAUAAACUGCUGGACAACAAACAAUACACCCCAAUACACUGGGCUGCUUUCAAAGGGCAUGAAGACUGUUUGGAGGUUUUACUUGAAUUAAAAAAUGUUAUUCAUGAAGAGGGAAACCCUUUCACUCCCCUGCACUGUGCUCUGAUGAACGGCCACAGCGGCGCUGCAGAGAGGCUGCUGGAAUCUGCCGGGGUCCACAUGAUUAACACCAGAGACGCCAAAGGAAGGACCCCCCUGCAUGCAGCUGCAUUUGCUGAGGAUGUUGCUGGACUUCAGCUGGUGAUUCGCCACGGGGCAGAGAUCAAUGCUGUAGAUACAAGUGGACGCUCUGCUCUGAUGGUAGCUGCUGACAGGGGACUCAGUGGCACUGUGGCCAUCCUCCUUCACCGAGCCAAGGCUGAUUUGACACUGCUGGAUGAAAACAGGAACACUGCCCUGCACCUGGCCUGCAGCAAGGCCCAUGAGAUGUGCGCUCUGCUGAUUCUGGGAGAGAUCCACAAUCCCACUCUCAUAAAUGCCACCAACAGUGCUCUGCAAAUGCCCCUCCAUCUUGCAGCUCGUAAUGGCCUGGCUACGGUGGUGCAGGCACUGCUGAGUAGAGGAGCCACGGUGCUGGCUGUGGAUGAGGAAGGCCACACCCCAGCUCUAGCCUGUGCGCCCAACAAGGAUGUGGCUGACUGCCUGGCUCUGAUCCUAUCUACCAUGAAGCCUUUCCCUCAACGGGACCCCUCCUCCUGCUCCUCUUCCUCGCCCACCAUUUCCUCCUCCGCGGGUCUCAACUUGCUGAAGCACUGCGGCAUCACCGCCGCCUGCUCCCCUCUGCCCAGCAAUGGUCUCCACAACGGCUACGUCAAAGACCGCCACGGUGCACCAGUUGGCCUGGACGGGUGUCUGUCUGAGUGAGGUCACGUGACCUUCUCCAAACUCAGUCAGCUGCUAUCAACAUCAUCACCACCACGGGGCGACUACCUUAAACAUGGUCAAGAGGACCAGAAGAGCACCCACCCACAUGUCUGUUUUCUCUGUAUGUACGUGUUCGUGUGUCUGUGUGUGUGUGUGAGCGUUUGGUCUUCUCUUGAGGUGCAGUCAAACCUAUUAUGCAAUUAGAUCCCAUUCCUCCAUCUCCUGGUAGUGCUUAAUGCAAAGAGGCAGAUCACUCUACAAGGUCACUAAGAUGAGGCAUUCAAGAUAAACACAAGCAAUCUGGCCAUCUCUAAAUUAUUUAGCCCUUUAAAGCCCAGCUGACAUCAUUAUAUAACUAACUGUCAGAGCAUGAUCUGUAUCAACUGUCCUUUUCCUCAUAUCCUUCAGUAGAGAAGUCGUAUCAUGUUUAACCAGUAAGGUGACCUUGUAGAGGGUCGUGCAGCCUUCCCAAAAGAAUGAUCAAAGAGUUUUUGUUUUUUAAGCUUUUUCUUUUUCUUUUUUUUUUUGGUCUAUUAGCCUAGAUUUUUAUGAAGGAACCACACAAGGGAAAGUCAAAGUUUUUGUUUAAGAGUGCAAUGCUUUUUGUACUACAGUACAAUCUGAAAUUUGGAAGAAAAGAAAGGGCCAUAAAGUUGUUAAAUCCUUAGCUUACUCCAAACAUAUGGCCUAGAAUUGUUUGGCUUUUUAAGAUGAUUUGGUAAAUGUUGCUGAAUUCACUAGCAUGUCUCCUUCCAAAGGAGAGCCAUUCUAAGGUCAACAUGGCAACAUCUCUACGUUCUGAGUGCUGACCCGGGUUUGCUUUGUUUUUAAGAUGCUAAAUAAGUGUUUGUUAAGCUAGAAUGUUUCUAAGCAUAUAAGUUAUGACCAAAGUUGAUCAACACUACUAUGGCUAUAAAUUAUUUAUUUGAGAUGAACUGUACUGUAUAGAGAAAGACAAUAGAUCUCGAUAUACCUCGUCAACUCGUUUAGCAGCUGCUUCAUCUUCACCCAGGGUCCGUAGGCCUAAUGUUCUCUUUUAUUUUUUGUAUUUCUCUUGUAGGACUUGGAGAACUGCUGUAGGAUAGUGACUGACUGAUGCCUUGUUUAUUUCUAGAUGAAGGCUUUACUAGUAAUAUCUGCCAACAACACCUCAUCAAAGCAUCUUAUAUCUGAGCACAUAAAUGAACAAGCCAUUUCAAUUUAUUUCCCAUCUCCUUAACAGUGUUUUUCCACCGAAUAUUUCACAAUUUGAAUGGCCUGAUUACUGAAAGAGAGCAAUCAGUCUUGUUUUUAGGCACUAAUAAUAUUUUCUUUUGUUCUUUGAUUAUUUAGAGUUUUUUGUUUUUUAUGCGUGUGUCUUUUAAAAUUUUAAACUGGCCAUUAACGUUUAAGCUCUCGCUAACGGAGUAUUUCUUGGAGCUUUUGAAUUUGUCUUAAGAAUCUCCAUCAGAGCUUCUAAGUGGUUAACAGAUCCGUUCAAACCGAUAUUGUCUUUUUUUUUUUUUUUUUUCAAUAUAUAUUGGGCAGUUUCCAAGCAAUAUUUUCUUUUUGCUUUUUUGUUGAGCGUUAUUAAAUAGACAAUCACUGUCACAAGGGCUUUUGUUUCCCUAGAAUGUGUUUUGGUUUAUUUUCGUUUUCAUUUCUGUUACUUUACCUAAAGACUAAACGAAUGGCUCUGUGCGUGUUGGGCAUUUUACUGUCAGUGUCAACUUAAAUGCACUGGAUUGCCUUUGUGGCAUCUCAAGAAAUGCCUUUUGACCCAUGCCUUCUAUAACGCUUCAUUUCAGUUGGAUUGCUUGGUGGCAGAACAUGACUAGCCCUGAGACGGAUUAUGUUGCCGCCCAUUUGAUAGCAUCGGCAUUUAACUACAUUUACACCAUGGGAGUUUAAAAUGAAUAAAUGAACAAAGAAAUGCUUGGCUUAUCUUUACGCUUUGGCAUUGUUGGUUAAACUGGGAGGUUGUAUCCCUUACAAGAAGCAAACGGGGCUAAGAAGAGAAGAAGAUCUUAGCUUAGGCCAAUUCCUGUUUAGAUUUCAGGAACAGCAGAAAUCCAAAAAUGUGCUUUUAUUUGUGUUAAUUUUGUUGCCUCCUCAUCCCAUUUUCUGGUAUUAAGCAUACUAAAGAUGAUUGUAUCAGACCACUAGAGCUGUUGGUGACUCUUAGAUGUUUUAUCUAUGCUAUUUAGUUGUGUUAAACCAUCUGACGGUGGUUAGCUUACACCGAGUCAGAUGGGUCUCCUUGAUGUGAUAGCUUCAUAUCCACUGGUAUUGAAGUGGCACAAUUGCACACGUUAGUUUGACUGGAUAAGAGAAGAGGACCUAGACUAGGCUUUGUUGUUGAAUACACUUUACAAAGGAAAAAUGCUUUCACCGUUGUUUAUCAAACUUGAUUUUUGUUUCUCAAACUGACAAAUAUUCUUUUCAGUGCAGCAAUUUCAAUGAGUUAGAGUUGUCGAUUACUCCUUCAUUCGGCAUCGAUAACUGACUGAAACAGAAUGAAUCUGUGAAUCCCAGCCUUUGUUCUCUGAUUUGAAAGGCAGUGAUAUUAGUUGGGGCUUUUCCACAAAAUCGGUUUCAGAGCUAAACUGGUGCUGAUGCUUCAUCAGUACCAGUUCUUUCUUAGCACCAGCUGGGGUGAAAGAAACACUUUAGUCAGGAGGUGGAGGUAAAAACCCCUGUGCUUCAAUAUUAGAUGAUUUGCUUACUGUCUCUCAACUGUCCAUCAUUUAUAUUGAUAUCAGAGUUUAGGCAGGCCAUUUGCCGCGUAGAGCUGCGCUUGUAGUUUAUAUUUUCUAUCAAAAACAAACCGUUCCCAGCUUGGUUCUUGAAGUCUUUGCUAUCAUCAGAUAGUGCUCUAAUCUCUGUGUUUAACUGUUAACUGCGGCGCUGCUGGUCACAUUAGUCAAAGAUCACACGAAUCAGAGUUGAAAAAUGAGGCAGGUGAUUUUCGGACCUCUGUCCGAGGAAUACACACAGAAAUAAUGUAAUUUCUGUAGUUAAACUGUCUCCGAACACCAAGAUAGUCCUGAGAAAGAAAAAAUAAGAGAAGAUCAGGCAAAACCAACCUGGUUCUUUAAAAGAACCCAUUCAGAACUAGCUCCAGCUCUGGUUGAGCACUGGAAACACUUUGGUGGAAAGCCCCCACUAGUACUGAGGGUAGGUACAUACUUUUACUGUUCUCAGGAUCCCUGCUAAAGCAGCAGGUCGAGUUUCUUAAUUCAAUCAGAUCUCUUAUGUCUAAAUUUUUUUUUAUGGGAUGUUCCAAAAUGAAUUUUUUUUAAGACCUGGAAUCCUACAGCACUUAAUUACGCAGUCAGGCACGCACUUUAGUACAUUCAGGUUCUAAGUGUGCAAAGUAGAGCAGAUGUAAUGUAUGUACUUAUGUUUACAUGCAUGUGUUGCUGCUGAAUACAGGAAAUGUUGAUGAGAAAGGUGAAGGAAAAAAAAGCAAAAGCUGCAACUAAAUUGUACUCAACAAUGCAUUAUUUAAAAAAAUUUAAUUUUAUAUAUAUAUAUAUAUAUAUAUAUAUAUAUAUAUAUAUAUAUAUAAAAGGCUGUUUUUAAGCACUUGGGGACAGUGUCCGCUGACUUGUGUUAUCUCUUCCAUCACCAGCCUACUGUUAACAAUGCAGACUUUGGCCCAAGUCCUGUAAAGUCAGUUGUGAGAUUAAAGUGGCACCUUUAGCAGGCUUCAUGAAAUAUUCUCCAUAUCCUCUCUGCCAUCUGAAGGUGCUGUCAGGCCAGCCUGGUUUUGGGCAGGGAUUUUUUUUAAUGAGUUUUUAUUGUGAUGUCCUUACCUGUGUAGUUAAUGGAGGUCAUUGCUCUGUGUAAUGACGCUUGAUGUAAUCUUUUUUUUUGUUUUUGUGUAUUCUGAUACGUGCUUUUUCUAAUUUUUAUUUUCCUUUUCGUGUACCAGUGAUACCAGUGAUUGUGCAUGGAGCUAGGUCACAGCUGUGAUGCAGCUGCUAAUAAACAAAUGGAGAAUAUUAAACAAUAUAUUUGGAGUCGGAGACAGAUAGCAAUGAAAGGUCCAAUUGUAGCAAUAGCGUGUGUGUGUAACAGUGUGCAGCACAAAUAUUGCACUGCCAUCCAUUUUAGGCCAAUUCAGUAAAUCAUAGCAUCAAUGCCAAUGGAAGAUUCAAAUGCGGGUUAGAUGUCAUAUUUUAUCACAAAUAAGGCCUGUUUGCCAAAAUGUGUUGAGAAGGAGAGAAAGAGAGAGAGAGAGAGGAGGAGAGGAAAGCCUCUCUGUUAGCAGCAAUGGAUUUUAUGCAUAUGUUCAAGCAGUUUACAGUCUGACCAUCAAAUCUGAGCCAUGAAUUUACUGACUGAAAUGAAUGUAGGGUCAGUUUAGAGCACGACAGUUUGCUUUCUCCCGACUUUAAACUGUUGCUUUUCAUUUGUCUUGCGUAGAUAUGAAUAUACAGGUAGCAUGUAGAAAUAUAACUCUCUACUUAUUCUAAUGUAUGUGUAGUAGUCUUCCUGCUUUGAAGGUCUGGAUAUGUUUUAAUCCCCCGCCCUACCCCUCCUUUAGGCAUUUAUAGUUGCAUAAUACCGUUGUGUAGAUUGAAGCCUAAAUACAUAAAGCAUACAAUUGUAGAUGAAUUUAACAUUAGCGGUCAUCCAUUCCAUUGAGAUUGCCUUACAAUACAGCAAAACAAGAGGGACAAAAAAGGUCUACCAUGAUGAUGAUACAUACUCAUAAAUAGCCUAUAUUUGACAAAAUGCACCUAAGCUACACCCAUUUAGUGCCAUAGAAACCUUGAUUUGCCUUUAGACACGAAUCAUAUUUACCCGGUCAGUAACAUAUUCAGACGUAGACAGGAUUCUUACAGUUUUGUGUUUUUCAGAGCUGCAUGUCUCUAAGCCAGUUAUAAAGAAAGCUAUAUAAACAUGUGCAUGAGAAAUUACUACUUAAAAUACAAGUAUUCUGUUCAAUUCCGGUGUUGGUAUAUUUCUAUUUUAUAAUUGGACAUUUUUUUGAAGAAUAUAGGUAGUCCCUUUAGUAUUGACAAAGCAAUCCAUUGUUUGUGUGUUUUAACAAGGUGGUUUAUAUUGUGUUACAAAGAAGAGAAAGAGGAAAAGAAAACAUUUUUGAUGUCCAAAAAAAAAAAAAAAAAGCUUGGUAUAUACAAUAUAGAAUUGAUUUGCCUCAAUGGAUGUCUUGGUUUUUACUUGAAGUAAAUGGCAAAUUUCAAUUCAACUCUGAUCCACUGUUGAGCCUUUUGCCUUAAAAGCUAUAACAGAAAAUAAACCUGGCAGCACCCGAGACGUUACAUCUGUAGAGUUAUGCUACUUGCUUUGAUUGCUUAAAAAUUGGCAACUUUUAGGUCCCGCAGAUGUCCCACCCUGAGGGGCUAGGGGUCAAGAAGCACAUAGAUUAAUUAAAGUAGCACAUAGCUCCAGGUUGCCAUGGUACCAAGAUUGUUUGGAGAGGUUGGGAUUUUGCCAUAUUUUCCACUGUGAAUGAAUGAAUUCAGAAUUCACUUGUAAACACAAUCAAACUAUGGCUUCUCUGUUAUCCAGAACCAAGUGACACUGGGAAUUGACUUUGUGUACCUCAAAAAAAAUAACAAAUAUUCAGACGAGAAGGAUGCUUGUACAGCUAUGCUAACAAAGGGUUAAAAAGAACUUGUGAAUCCAUCUUGUGGGUUGUGUAAUUCUGCUUAAACCAGAUCUACGCGGAAGUGUUUGAUCAGCGUCGGCAGAUGUCUCAUGUUUCCUACCUUGCGAAAGUGCAGCUAACUGCACCUUGUACUUUUUAUUGGACCUGCAGUUUUACCUCAUCAGUGAUUCUUUGUGCGAUGAUGCUGACAUCGAUUGUGUGGUGUUUUUUCUUUUCCCCAGAAGUCAGUCAUGUAGAUUACUCACAAGUAAUAACAGUUUGUGUGUCUCUGACAUCACCUUAGUAUGUCGUAUCUAAUCAUGCACAAGCCCCUUUUUUUUUUUUCUUUCUAACUAAUAAUCGGAGCGCAUAUUUAACCUCUUUCAACACAUCUCCCGUCCUUACAAUCAACAAAUGAGUCUGUUAUUUAGUGCAAGUCAGAGUAAAAAGGUCCAGUUUAAUAUCAGCUGGGACAUUAAGGUAGCUAUAAAACUUUACCUCUGUGAGUCAAAAAGAUAUAAUUUCACUGUAUGACCACCUUCCCAGCCUGAUCAGCUGGUUAUUCAUUCCCUCUACCCCACCAGUAGGACCUGUGUAAUACCAAGCACAGAGGUGGAACGGUGCCUUUUAUUUGCUACUACCGAAAGGUACGGUCUUCCAUUUGUAUUUCCCAGAAGCCUUACAAUGGGAAAAAAAACUAACACUGAACAUGCGUGGCGGCAGAACUGAACUCCCUUUGAGCAUUAGCAUUUAAAGGGCAUAUAUCAUCAUUUUUACAACUUUUUCUUUUUGAUUGGUGUUCAGACUUGUAGCUCGCGAUGUUUUGUUUUACAUAGCUGAACUUGAUAUAUAUGUUUAAAAAGGAAAGAAUAACAAGCACAAGGCGGCCUAGUUAUGACGUUACAUCUUUAACUACGAGCUCUGGGAUUGAUACGAGACACAACGAUCCACCCAAGACAACAGUAGGGAUGCUAAAGGCUUCAGGUAUAAUUUGAGUUCAUAUGGUGAAUUAUCCAGUGAGCAGGGUGAAGAAGUCAGGAGAAAUGUUUCCUGAGAAAACCAGUACCAUCUGGAAUGAUUGAAAACAGCUUGUUAGCAUGUCUUGUUUGCCUAUAAUUCAGCACAAUGGUCUGUGACAACUUGUGACAAAAAGUAUAAACGGAAACGCUCAAAUUCAUGUAGCAUUCAGACGCAAUUUCUGACCAGCAUUUUUACGCAGAUGUGGUUGUAUGAGUCACUUUUUAUUUUACACAUAAUGGGUCGGUUUAUUGUUUUAUUGUGUGGGUUUAAGUGCACAGUAAUGUUGCAGUUAAAACAUUAUUCCAAGGACACCAUCUGUCAUGCCACUAAAACUAAAAACUGUCCUUAUUCAUUUUCCCCACAAUAUAAUGUUCGGCCCUAAAAAGUUACCACAAAAAAUCAAUUGCGUGUUGGAUGGAAGGGAUUUUAAAAUGAUGAUACUCAAUGGGAUAGGCACCGGAACGCCACGACCCUGCCAGGUUAAGUGUGUAUAGACGAUGGAUGGAUAUUCAGUCAGGCGUCAGCUGCAUACACACACUUUCUUAGUCAUUUGGCUCAGACACGGAGGAGAAAAAAAGUUAUAGCUGAAGCUAAUUCUCAUGGUUUAACGAGAAGGAGCACCGCAAAGGCUUUUUUUUUUUUUUGUUGCCAAAAGUGUUUUUUAUGACUUUGAAAACCAAUUGAAGUAACUUAUUUUGGAUUAUGAUGUAUUUAGGAUUCAACAUUUCAAGGAUUUGUGUUUUAUGGCUAUAACACAUGAUAUUUGCCCUUUAAAUUUUAUAAUGAUUCAAAUUAAAACUAAAAAACCUUACUGAUGGCCUCUAAAUUAGCUUGGAUUUUUCCACAUAUUUCCUGUGACCAUUAUGGUUGCAGAAGAAAUUGCCCGUUGCUGAUGCAGUUUUCUUUGGCACAUCAAACGUUGAACGAAUGAUCAGUAAAUUGAAAGCACAAAUCCAAAGAAGGCACCUCGGAGCUUGGAGGGCUCUCCGAACCAUAAGAAGCAAAGUAAACCAAAUUUAGGCCAAGAUGUAAGGGAGGGGGGAAAAAAACACUUCUUUGUUAAAUGCAGAAAUCAGAGGCUUGAUUAUUAGAAACACAGUAACUGUAGAUAGACCGCUGUCUGAAACUCCAGAGCUGCUUCGGAUUAUUCCUCUCAACCUUCUGGGUUAUUCAUCUAUAAUUAGUAACUUCACAGUGCGAACCAAGUUGUCAUCGAACUUUAGGGUGAACUGUUUGUUGUGACUGUUGCAAAUUGAUUGUGGCAAUAGUAUUGUGUUAUUUAGGGUAGACUGAACUAGACGUAGGAUUGCAGUUGUAGCUGUGUGCAGUGUUAACAGUGUGAUCAUAUUCUAGAAGUGACGUAACAUUUGUUGUCUUACUAUGACAUUAAGGCAUGAAAAUCUUCUGUCAAGCUGACUUCGUUUUAAAAUAGAUAUAAGUGCAAUAACCUUUUGUUUUUCAUCGCUUCUUCGGUUGAGAGAAAAAUAGUUACCUGCGAUUCCUUUUCUUUGUGAAAGCACCAAAAGUCACUGAUCUGUAGCAAAUGAAGCAUUUCAGUGGUCCUCUUGUUUGUAUUCAGAGAGGUGUCAUUUGAGAGUGAGAUUGCGUUCUUAAAACUGUGAUUAUCAUGAAAAUUUUAAAGCUGGACCGUGCACAAGUUGAAAAAGUUUGACUAAUUUCUUUUAGUGGAGGGACUUUGAUGGUUUUGUAAUUUGGAUUAGACACGUUCCUUUGCAUGUGUAGGUGUGUUUGUAUGCAUCCUCUGUUCUUCCUUUGGUAGUUUUUCUAAGAAUAUUUAGACUCCCUGUCUGUGAUAUGAGGGGAAAAAAGGAAAUCUAAAAUGCCUUAUAUUGUUUUCCAUGUUAAGCAUAAAGGUUUUUUGUUUUUUUUUUCAUGCUCCUCUCCUUUCAGUGUGCAGCCUAAAGCUUGUACAGUUAAACACACAAGAUUUAUCCCCGCUCGAUGGCCUGUGUGUUUUCAGAAUUUGUUACUCGGAGGUCCUGUGAUUGUGGUUUUAGAAAAACAUUCCCCUCGACUGUGCCGUUUGUUUUCACCAGCAGAAGAUGUGUUACUGGGCAGGGGGAUGCGUUUACACGAAGGAAAUCGAUGUUCGAAACACUUUGCAGUGUUUACUGUUGAUAUGAUUGAAACCAAGUAUUCUGUGCAGGUGAAAUAAGACAGCGAUCUUCUGAUGGAGCACCUUAUUGGGCUCACCUUCUGUGAGUCCAUUGUAGAAGCCGUCUUUCACCGAUCUUAAAUACUCUAAAGCAGAGAUAUAUCAAAGAAUUUGCCCAUUAGGAGCUCCCAUGAAUGUGCUUUUAGCUGUAGGAUGUAAAUUGCAUGUUUUGUGAUAUUUUAGUUGUGUUUGUAGUCCCUUUCAUGUUUUUUUUUUUUUUUUCUUUUUUAGUCUGCUUCACUGAAGAUUUUACCACCUAAUUGCAACACAUGAGCUUUUAACAAGACUCUAUCAACUGGACUUUAAGCAGGUGUUGAUCUGCUGCAUAGGCAGCCUUAAUUUAUUGCAGAUUUUGAAAAUAAUUGAUAAAUAAGCCACCUGCUUUAAUGUGAGUGGCUUAUCUGGGAAAUAUAAAAAGAGACCUUAUUCGUGGAAGGACUCUGAAUCAGGGCAUGUGAUGAAUUACAAUCAAAUUAUUACCACGAUGCACCUUCACAAGCAUAGGAGGAGGAAAAAGUUGGCUUGUCCACCUGACAUUCCAAAUUUGAUUUAGUUUUUCUUCCACGGUCCUGUCUUUUCUGUUUUCGCUUUGCUUUGCUGGUGGAUGAAGUGGGCACAUGUGUCAACGACAGGGUUCCCUAGUUAGCAUAACGCUGAUUACCUCAUUUACAUGUCUGCAAAUAUACUAUUCUACUGUGUUAAGGAGUUGAUGCCAUCACCAGCAGCGUGGUUUCCAGACCUGUGAUGACAACAGGACCAAUGAAUUUACUCUGCUCACAUUAGUCAGUUUUAGACUACCAACCUGUCUGGAAACAUACGGUUGCAAGCAGAAUUACAUCUUUUUUAACAGGCCUAAGGGUCUUCUGAGAUUUACUUCAGUUAAAAUUGCUGCAGCUGCUAAUCCAGUCAACAUCAGCAGCAGACAUGAAGCUCUACAGGUGCAUCUCCAUAAAUAAAUAAAAAAUCAACAAGAAGUUCAUUUAUUUCAAUAAAUCCAUUCAGGUUCCUGUGAAAUAUUUUAAGCUUUUAUUUCUGUUAAGAUAAUUAUGGCUUGCUGCUACUGAAAACCCCAAAUUCUGUUUUUCAGACGUAUUGAAGAAGACCAAUGAAAAGAGAUCAUUCACAUAGAUUUCUUGGCCUACUAAUUCCACUAAACAAUAUAUGCUCUCAAUACUUGCCUCACUUUUGACUUUAUAAAAACACAGUGGGCCAAGACCAGCAGAUGACAUGGCUACCUAACUGGCUGUCAAAAAUGCACACGGGAUCUCUUCAACUUGUAUUCUAGGCCUCUUCACCUGUCCUCCAUACACUGGGUCCAUUUUCUCCUUAGCCCCAGGGAAGAUGCUUCUGAAGUCUUCUUUAGCGCAGGAGUGAAUUAACAUUAGUUGUGGCCUGUCCUGCAUUUGUCUGGGUGGGAUGGCCCUUGAAGAUCUGAUUCCAGCCGCAGUCCACGCCUUGUAAAUCUGCCCCAGACUUUUAAAUAAACUUUGCUUCCCAGUCCUUUUGAGACUUUGUUGUUUUUUUUUUCCUUUCACUAAACUUUCCAAUUAUAUGCUUGUAUACAGCAUGAACAGUCACCUUAGUAAUGACCUUUUAUGGCUAUUUCCUGAUUAACUGAGUUUUCAUUAGCUGUAAGACAACAUCAAAAAUAACUGACUGACAUUUUUAAUAAUUAAAUAUUAAGAUAUUAAAGAAUUUAACAUUUUAAUAUGAUUUACUGAGAUGCACCUGUGUAGUCAGAUUAAUGUACAACUUUAAUUUACAUAAUUGGGGUGAAAAUAUAACAUGCAAAAUUGACUGGGACGGCAGCUGUUGGCGCCAUCAUGGUUCAAUAGCCUGGUGUAUCACAAAUAUAUAAAUGUUUUAGCAUUGCUUGCUAUUUUGUUUUUGUUUCUUCGUAGCAUUACUCCUACCUCCUUGUUUUGCAGCAUUGAGUAUUGUUCGUCUCUCCACCUGUUCUGGCUUUUAAUAGGCCAGUUCACAGUACGGGAAUACAGAUUUAUCACGAGCAAUUGUAUACUUAUACAUAAAGUGUGCUUGGAUGUGCUGUAUGUGUCUACUUGACGUUUAAAAUAAAAUAAAAAUAUUUAUGAGAAGCAUUUAUACGACAAAAUACCACUGGAAUGUGAAGCCAGACAAAAUGUUGUGAUGCAGAUUAUGAUAGUCUCUCCCCUUUAACAUUCAGUGGUGAAUGGUCAGAGGAUCCAUCUUUAAUAAAGUAAAUAAUUACUUUUUUUUUUUUCAAGUUUAUUUCCUUGUUUUCCUUUUCUGUGUGUGCUUUUCUGUCUAGCACUAUAGUAUACAAUAAUUCAACGUUUACAGCUUCAUUUAGGCUCAUGCAGUUGUACUGAUAUCACAGGUUGUCACGGUGAAGAUGGGUAGGUGGAUUUGUGAUUUUGUUUGGGGGUGAGUCUGUGUCCCUCAAGCUGUUUGCCUUUGAAUCCAUCUGUCAACCAAAUUCUAGCUACGUAGGCGUCUGUUUCUCAACACUGCCCUCGCAUUUUACAUCGGGUUUGACUUACAAGGGGUACAGGACAAGGUGAAAGGUUUGAGGUUUUCUGACCGGGGCCCUCCCCACCAAAUACGCCCCCCACUCCCUCCACCUACUCAUGCCAACACAAGAACAGGACCAGCCCCACUCCCUGUCGCCCACAGACCCACCGUCUCACCUAAAACCUCAAGCCAUUCAUGUUUCUGUUUUGUUUCUUCAACAAUGCAAUCCUGAAAGCACUUUGCCUUGUUAUUCCUUUGUGUGAACAUGUGAAUGAUAAUUUGUUACAGAAAUGUUAAAUAUGUAAAAGAUCAUUCACUGUUUUGGAAAAACCUGCAUCUGUCUUUCUGACGUUAAAAGAAAAAAAAACAGUUUAGUGACAUUAAACCUGAAUCUAUUUUAUAAAAUGUUUGCUGCAGCCAAUUGGUCUUGUCAUUCAGUAUUGUGGCUUAGGGUUGUUUGUGUUCAAUAAAGUGCUAUUGCUAAAUA